CCGCUCCGCCGUCCGAUUAGCCCCAACCACCACCACCACCAGCAAGCCAGCGACCGCAUGCUUUUCCACCAGGAGCAGCGGGCUGGCCAUGCCCGCCGGCGACCCGCAUGAUCCGCAUCAUGAGGAGAGCUUUGAGGAGUUCACUGCGCGGUACGAGAAAGAAUUCGAACAAGUCCAAGACGUCUUCGAACUGCAACGCAACCUCAACAACGCCUUCGCCUACGAUCUCGUCCCCUCACCUUCCGUCAUCGUCGCCGCGCUGAAAGCGGCACGGAGAGUCAAUGAUUUCCCGACCGCCGUCAGGAUAUUCGAGGGCAUCAAAGCAAAGGUAGAGAACAAAGGCCAGUACGACGAGUACCUCAAGGACCUACAGUCGAUCCGGGAAGAACUGGGCGUGAAUCUCAAGGAGAACAUGUAUCCCGACGCGGCGGCGACGGCGCGUUUCCACAGAGAUUGAGAUGCGAGGGGGAAUAGUGGAUUUGGCUUGAGCGCAAUCAGCAAACUGUGUACAUUGUACCAUAGCGGCGAAGAAGUCGUCCCAGCUGCUGCGAUGUGGGGUGCAGUAUUCGUGUGACGCGCGCCGUGUAACCGCUAUGACGAGCCAUACAAAGCAAUAAAACGGGAAGUGUACAGUCUCAUUGGCAGCGAGUCCCUGUAUCGAUAUUUAGGACGGGUGAGUCUGGGCCAAUGGACAAAGCUAAACGUGCAGGUUUCAACAAAUGCCCCUCUGCUGCACUCAGAUACCGUCAAGUGCAUCCCGCUACAAGUCGCUCAAAUGAGUCGGCAAACUUUCGUGAAAACCAAU